AUGGCGACACCCAACAUCAAUUUCGGCAGCCCUGUCAUCNNUUUUUUCGACUCACAUCCCGAGCAACAACCCGGCUAUAUCGCAUCAUGGGCCUACGCCUUCCGCGACCACCUGAAGAUUGCCUGGACUGGUGAUGUGCCCAAGAGAUUGUUCCCUGGUACCUUGCGACUGGUUUGGUGGACUGUAAGCUUUCUCUCUACACGGCCCCCCCUUAGGAGCUUCAUGCUGACCCAACAAUCACAGACCGACGGCGUGCAAGGCCUCCGUGACUUCGAACUUCACCAAUCCGAACUCAUAAAAGCACUCUGGGACGGCCUUCUCGACAACCCCGACGUCUCUCGCGCGCUCGUGACCGGAUACUCAGGCCAAAAUCCCUUCGUCCUCAGCUACGGCGAUAACCCAUGGCUCACAAAAGAGCAAAAGGAGAAAUUGAUCCGCCGCCAAAACGACGAGAUGUGGGCCAAGAAGUCGGCCAGGAGAGUCGAGACAAGAAGUAAAGAUGAGAAGUUCGAGGACGAGAAGGAGGCAAUCAGGAGAAAGGAGCAGAUUUUGGAACACAUCGAUGAGGUUAUCCAGAGUAAUGAGGAUGCCGAGAAGGAGAGGCUGCUGGCUGUGGACAGAGAAUUUGUUUGA